GGUCCGUUGACCAUGUGGCGUACGUUGUUGUUCGGUGCUUUUAUUCUUGGUCAAACGAAGACCGAAGACGCGAUUGACGAGUGGAAGGAAGUCCUCCUAGACCAGGGCCCGGUACGAGGCUACAAGGAUCCUGAAGUCGACGUGUUCGUGUUUCAUGGGAUCCCUUAUGCUAGUGCACCAAAGGGACCUGACAAGUUCAAGGCUCCUCUUCCUCCGCCAACAUGGAAGGAACCUUUCGAAGCAGUAGACAAAGGAGUCAUGUGUCCCCAACAUCCUGUCGACAUGGGCUUUAAAAAGAAAUUCAUCUACAAUGAAGAUUGCCUCAUCGCAAAUGUGUUUGUACCAGACGCCGACAAUAAAAAUCUUCCUGUCGUUGUAUAUGUCCACGGUGGUGGAUACCAAGUCGGCUUCGGUAACAGCGUAACACCAAAAAAAUUAGUUAGGGGUGAAAAAAUUAUAGCAAUAACCUUUAACUACCGCUUAGGUGCGCAUGGUUUUCUAUGUCUGGGCACAAAAGAGGCUCCGGGUAAUGCAGGCAUGAAAGAUAUAGUUGCCCUCCUCAGGUGGGUGAAGAAAAACAUCGAAAAAUUUGGUGGAAACCCUGAAGAAGUCACAAUCGCUGGAUAUAGCUCGGGAGCUGCUGCAGUUGAACUUCUAAUGCUCUCCGACCUAACUAGAGGGUUAUUUAACAAAGCUAUACCCGAAAGCGGAUCGGCUCUAGCAUCUUUCACGAUACAACGAGAUCCAUUGGCUAAUGCUAAGAAGUUUGCCAAAAAGAUGAACGUAACAGAUGUAGAUGACAUUGAGGUUUUAGAAAAGUUUUAUACGAAAGCUUCUUUCAAGAAACUAACCGCUAAUACAUUUUCCGGUGCCCCCGGUACGGCAAUCAGUUUUGAGCCUUGCAUUGAACGAGACAUAGGUGAGGAAGCAUUUCUAACAGAAGCUCCAGUAAACAUUAUAAGUAAAGGAAAAUACCAGAAGGUACCAAUUCUCUUUGGCAUCUGCAACAUGGAAGGUUUAGUUCGAGUGAACUAUUUCGAAAUGUGGUUGGAGAAAUUCAACUCGAAAUUCUCACAGUACUUGCCAUCAAAUUUGAAAUUCGAAAGCCAAGAACAAAAGGAAGAAAUCGCGAAAAAGGUCAAAGAAUUUUAUUUCGGCAAAAAAACUAUCACUGAAUCGAAUAUUUUGGCUUACAUUGACUACUUCACUGAUGUUAUGUUUGCUUUUCCCGUAUUGAGAUCUGUCAAGAUGCAUUUAGAAGCUGGGCAUGAUCGAAUAUAUUUAUAUGAGUACAGUUUCGUAGAUGAAGACACAAUGCCAAUUCCGUACGUAGAUGUUAAAGGUGCCGAUCAUAUUGCACAGACAAAUGCUGUAUUAGACGGCUUGAACGCGACACAUUACGACGAAAGCAUGGCAUCGAAAACUUAUAAAAGAAUGAAAGCUAGAAUGCGAGAAAUGUGGACAAUUUCAUAGUUACCGGGUAUGUAUUUGUAGUUUAGAUGCUUUAAUUCAAGGGCAAGUUUCUUUAUACUUGGUAUAAAAUUUCUUCAUUU